GAUGAAUACGGAAACACGGCUCUGCACAAGGCGUGUUCACAAGGGUCAAAGGAAUGUGUGAAACACCUGUUAACCCACGGCGCAAGUGUACACUGCGUCAACAAAGCUGGAAAGCUGCCUUUCGAUAUAGCAUAUGAGAAGCUCGACCAGGAAACCUGUAACUUAUUG